CUUCAAAGAUAUAUUUGUAUAAAUAUUUUCAUACUCAAAGACAAUUAAUGGCGUAGAGGGGGAGAGAGAGAGAGAUGAGAAGUGUACCAAACCACCAUUAUCUUUACACAUUCGCCUUCGUUUUCAUUUUGUUUCCAGCCUUCGGUGUCUCUGCUGCCAGCACUAUGUCGCCUACAGAAUCUCUCACUAUCUCAAGCAACAAAACAAUCAUAUCUCGUAGUGAAACCUUCGAGCUUGGUUUCUUCACUCCCACGUCAAGUUCUCGUUGGUAUCUCGGGAUUUGGUACAAGAAAAUCCCUACCAGAACCUACGUAUGGGUUGCAAACAGAGACACUCCUCUCUCAGAGUCCAACGGAUCUCUCAAAAUCUCCGACAACAAUAAUCUCAUCAUUUCGGAUCAUUCCAAUAAACCUGUUUGGUCCACUAACCUAACAGGAGGAAACGUGAGAACAACUCCAGUGGUCGCAGAGCUUCUCGAUAACGGUAACCUCGUGCUCAGAGACUCCAACAAUAACAACGAGUACUUGUGGCAGAGUUUCGAUUUUCCGACAGAUACUUUACUUCCGGAGAUGAAACUUGGUUGGGAUCUUAAAAGCGGAAGAAACAGAUUCUUGAGAUCCAGGAAAACCCCAGACGAUCCAUCGAGCGGGGAUUUCUCGACUAAAUUCGAAACCAAAGGGUUCCCAGAGGUUUACGUACGCAACAAGGAGUCUAUAGUGUACCGGAGCGGUCCAUGGGAUGGGAUCCGGUAUAACGGCAUACCGGAGAUAACCCCGGUUGAUUACCUAGUUUUAAAUUUCACAGCUACUGAUGAAGAAAUAACUUACUCGUACCGUAUCACAAAAAGUAACAUUUACUCCAUCUUAACCCUAACCCCCACCGGGUUGUUACAACGAUCAACUUGGGUUGAGAGAUUACAGAGCUGGAGACCGUUAUGGUACUCACCAAAGGAUAUAUGCAAUAACUACGAACAGUGUGGGAGUUACGGUUAUUGCGAUUCCAACACCUCGCCGGUUUGUAACUGUGUCCAAGGGUUUAAGCCAGUGAAUAAGUGGGAUCUGAGAGAUGAUUUUGAGGGUUGCGUGAGGAAGACGAGGCUGAGAUGUGACGGUACGGAUGGGUUUGUGCGGUUGAAGAAUAUGAAGUUGCCGGAUACUACGAAGACGAUGGUGGACAGGGGGAUUGGGAUAGAAGAGUGUGAAGCACGGUGUCUUAAAGAUUGCAAUUGUAAGGCGUUCGCUAAUACUGACAUUCGUAAUGGUGGGUCAGGAUGUGUGAUUUGGACCGGGGAUUUGUUGGAUAUCCGAAAUUUUGCUGACGGAGGUCAGGAUCUCUACGUCAGACUAGCAGCUGCUGAUCUCGGUUAGUUUUUUUUUACCUUUACAUUUUAAGAGGUUACUAGAUUUUGAUCCAUGCAAUCACUCGGAUGUAUUUAUAAAAUUUGUUACCAUAUUUUUUUCAUGUUAAUAUUAAAAUGAAUAAAAAAUCUGAAUCCAAAAAGUCAAAUCAAUCAUAAUCUAAAAAAAUAGUAAUCUAAUCCAAAUCAAAAUUGAUUAAAUAUCCAAAUUAUUCAAAAUAUUGAUAUCUACAGAACUAAAAUGAAAUUAUAU